AUGCCGCAGCUGAUUUCUUAUUUACUGCCUCUGUCAUCUACAGGGUCAAAAGAUCCGGAAGGAUCUCAAUCCAGAGGAUUAUUCUUCAACGCCUUGCUGAAAUUAUCCAAUCAGCAAUUGCUGGAAUUGGCCAAAUCGUACUCUACAGACCGGAAAAGUGUCAAAGUGGUUGUCAAAAAUAAUCGCAUUGAAAGCAUCGAGCUUGAAAAUAAAGUGGUGUGUAAGUUAUCCAACUUGAAGGAGGCCAAUGUCGACCUUUAUGCUUCAAUUAAGCCCAAGAAAUCUUCUGACCCCUUCUUUAAGUGCGUCAGUAUCGGCAGGGUUGAUAGACGAUUGACUCCUAUGGAUUCCAAAAUCCAUAACGAAGGCAGUAUUAGCGAUGUCGAAAAGUUGAAUCUACAGUAUAAAGUGAUGGAAAAGGUUCUAGAAAGGGAUGUGCCAAGCAAGCUCUCUGAUUUAGUGACCAUGUUUAGGGGCGAAAACCGUGACACACUAAGAGGCAUUUACAAUAGAAUUAUAGGAAAAAAUGGCUUGAUACGACCUGAAUGUGUAAUGGACUUGAAGUCGCGCAGUCCGACGCCCGAGUUGAAUCGUUUGUUGGACAAUGCUGGAUAUAGUAAGUUCAACCCACUUCGAUUAAUGAUUUCUAGCGAUACCAGAGAGAUUACCGUUCCAAAAAAGGAAGAACGCACACAGCAAGAGCUUCAAAAAGAAGAUACUCAUGAGGAACUGGACUUGCAGCCCUUAAUACAGCCAGUUACAAUACUUCCACGGCGUUCUAGCAGAUCUAGACCUUUAACUCCACAACUGGUCCCGUAUCCACAGCUCAAACCGCUAAAGAAGAAAGGUUUUUCUCCUACUGGGCGUAAAGGGGCCACUGUCGCAAUCAGUGGAGCUGAUGCAAGAGGAAACAAGGAUACCAAUUUAGACAACAGUAAAGGUACUGUAUGUGCACGUAUCAAAGAAGAUGAAAAUCAGAACGAGGAUCAGGUCGAUGAUGAUGAUCCAGUUGAUAGUUCUAGCAGAAGAAAAAAAAGAAGAAGGUUUAGUAAUAGAAAAUUAUCGGACGAUUACUCGUCAUCGUCAACGUCUUCGUUGUCCAUGUCUGUCCAUAGAUCAGACAAAUCCUCACCGUUGAGCUCAUACUCAGAGAGUGAUGAGGAAGUAAUUGAGGAAAAGACUUUGCUUCGUCAUGCAAAUUCAAAGGAAGGUCUAGACGACAAUGACGAUGCCUCGAUUCGACAAUUGAUACUGAAAUUUCAGGACACUUAUCGCCAGUAUUACAAAAUGUACGAUGCAUUACGGAACGGUUCUGUUCAAGUACCAAUGCAAGAGACAAAUGAGAAAGUUAAGAAUCUAAUCAAACUGCAAAACAACCUUCAGCAAUGGAAGCACAAGCUUGAACGGAUAUUGCAAUAA